GCGGGCAAUCGUAACAGCGUGUACUGCUCACGCAAGUGUCCACAAGUGUACACGCGUGUAGAGUUUGCACACCCACGCGAGUGUGCCGAUGGGGAAAUGUGCUUAAGUGCGAAUGUACACCUACGUGUGCGGACGCCCAUCUACAUCAUAGCUUCGCGCACGCGGGCAGUUAAGGUCAUAGUGGGAAACAAAUUUUAAAGGGCCACGACUCUGCCAGUCCGCUCUACACAAGUGCAUUUGCGCGCUCCCCUUGUGUUUGUUUCACUUUUUCGCGUCUUCACUUUCUGAGUUUUUCGCCUUUCUCAUAUUCGCCCGUUUGAGCGGUUUGCGUGGUUUGCGCGGUUUGCGCCGUACCACCGUUCGCAACAUUUACCCACUGCAUUUUUUUUCUCAAGUGGGUAGACUGGGCAACGGGCCACCCCCCAAUUUUCGCAUCCGCAUGUGGGUACACCUUUGUGCUGACGUUUCCCGUGAACGCCAUUAAUGUGCAUUCCCCUGUGUAGUUGUAAAGACCUGCGUCUACAUAAGUGAUGAGCUUCCGCUGAGUGGUGAUGCUUCGCCCAUUUGCAGGUAGCUCUAGUCUUCCUCUUGUGAGCACACCGAAAUGUGCAUAAAUAUAUACGUACAUGUAUAAGUGCAUACGAGUUGAGUCCACCUAUCGCGCUUGAGCCGUUAUAACAUGGGCGAAUGUUAAUUUUGUUCUAAUUCGAAGAAGAGACCGCUCAAAAUGUAAUUAGACUUUUACUUCCCUUCGGCUUCUUCUUCCUUCCCGCUUCCAUUUUUUUUGUGCACUUUUCUUUUUUCUUAAUUGUUCAUAAAAUGCUGAGCUCACUUUACGUGCUGCCGCUGAUCCUGGUGAAUAUUUUGUUUCAAAAUGACUGGCAUAGGAAGAAGAUUUUAAGCGAGUUGGGGAAUUAUAACGUCAAAUUGGUGAAGAGGAGUCGCGUUUUGUCAAACAGAACGACCGGCCGAAUAAACUUUUUGGAUGAAAUUAAGGAAAGCUACAAGCCGCUGUUUGACGUGUACGAAUUGUCGGCCGAGUUUGAAAAGUUAAGAAAUGCCAAGGGGAAGGGGGAAGAAAAAAGGGGACGAAAGAAGAAGAAAAAGAAGAAAAAAAAAAAAAAUGAUCAUAUAGGGGGGGGAGAUGACAAAGAAACGCCCCGCUUAAACCUUAUCAAAUUGUCCGCCACACAACCCGAUGGGGGUGAACACACUCAAAAGGGAAAGUCCACAGAAGCGCCAAUUCGUGAAGCGCACAGUGGAAAAUCAACGGGCAUAAACAAACGUGCUGCUAAUUUCAUACAAAUGUUAAAUGAUGGAAACUCAAAUGGAAGAGGAGAUGCAGAAAUGGGCGUGGAGAACGAACCAGAUACGUUCAGCAAAUUAAUUAACGAGGGGAAUAUAGAAGAUUUCGAUCAUUUGGAGAAAGACGAACCGGAGGGGGAGGAGGAGAAGAAGCAGGAAGAAGCAGGAGAAGCAGAAGCAGGAGCAGCAGAAGGAAAAGAAAAAGGAGAAGAAGCAGAAAGAAAAGAAGAACAAGAAGAGGCGAAGCAGCCGCAGGAGCAGGAGCAGCGUGACCACAAAUCGAUGAGGGAAGAAGAGUCGCAGUCGGCUAGUAGAGAGGAGGAAAGACAGAGCAAUAUGAGGGAAUCCCCCCCUGGAGGUGAGUCUCCACAAGAAGGGGGUGAUAACAUAGAAGGUGGCACCGAAGUGGCAGCAAGAAAGGGGGGCGACAAGUCGAAGGGGCAAGAAAGAGAGGGAGAGAAAAACUUAAUGGCUAGCAAAAAGGAAGGGGUAAAAGCGGAAAAGCCGAGUGAAGAAGGAAGCCCGAGUGGUCAUUCUCUCCAGGGUGAAGGUGCGGAAGAAGCCCCUGCCGCGAGUCCCGCGGAAGAUUCCGAUGAGAAGAAGGAGGAGGAAGAAGAGGAGGAGGAAGAGGAAGAGGAGGAGGAUAGUAACGACCAGGGGAGGGAGUACCAACUGAAUGAUGGAAAUAGCGUGGCACAAGAAGAUAUCAUCACCCAAGAAUUUGACCACUACACAAUCGUCACAAACUCAAAUGAUGUCCUUAACGACAUCCGAGUUGACGCCUCAGACAUUUCCAAGCUGAGCAUUGAAAGUAUAAAUAUACCCUACAGCGAAGCGAACAAAACUUCCUUCACGCAUCAGAGGCACAUAGUCCUAACGAACAAGGGAAAUAAAAAAUAUAGAGUUGUUCUGAUGACAAAAAAUCCCAAGUUCAUAGAAUUGGAGGAUGAACCGGAUGAAAAAGCCGAGAACAAUACAUUCAUUGAGAGGGAGAGCAUGGAGCAGAAAAGGACACCCAACGGUCGGGGUGAACAUACGAGCGACCGAACGAAUUUGUAUGGGGGCAAGGGGACACUCGAUUUUAGUAAGGUUUAUAGCGGCAACGGGAGGGGGAGCGGCCGAGAGGUGGAAAAUCCCCAUGUGGAGACGCACACCGGUGGUGGCACUGGUGAGGGUGGCAUACGGGCGACAAUAAACCGGCUGUUCAGCUUCUUAACCUUCGGGGGAAAUCCAGGCGAGUCUGCCAGAGGGGCGGGCGAAUCGAAGGACGGUGGGGGCAAAAAAGAAAGCGCUAACGGCGGAGGCGACCGCCAUCACCACCAUUACCGCCAUGAUCUCCAAUCGCGCGAUAACCGCCGCUCCCGUCAUGAUCGCACGAAGGACUUGAACGAAAUUCUGAGUGCCGACAAGCUGGUGGACCAGUACCUGCUAAACCUGAAAAACAACACCCCCGAGAGGCAAGAGCUAAUAUUCGUGCUGAGAGGCGACUUGGAUUUGCACUCGACCUACAUGAGAAGGGUCAUCAAAAGGAGUAACGCAAAAUUUGAGGAGCACAUAAAGAAAAACUUCCAGCAAGUAGACAGUAUAGUGUAUGACGUCUCGUCGCCGAUAAACUUCCUCUGCUUUUUUGUGCCCACCGUUUUUGACAUGAGCAACUUUCACAUGUUGAAGGAGGCGCUGCUGGUGUUGCAGAAGGAGCUGGAGAGGUACAUGGAGAACUGGAGCUUCUCCAACACGUACGUGACGUUGGACGCGCCGCACGUGGGGGGCGAGGGCGGCGCUUCGGCGGGUGCGGGACACGACGGUCGCAAGGACGCACACAUGGGCAGCCGCGCAGGAGACCAAGCAGAUGGUCAUGCGGACGACCGCGAAACUGGCCAUACUGACCACCGCGAAGGUGGCGCCCCGCACGGGAAGCCCAGAAAAUUCGUGAAGAAGAAAAAAAACCUGUACAACGUAAAGUACUCCUUUCUGCGCAAAUUCUGGAGCUUCGACUCAAUCAUCGCAUUCGCUAGAAAAAUGAACAAAAAAAAUAUGGACAUCGAAAAGGAAAUUUUAAACUUCCUACCCAAGGAGUUGAGAGAGUACUCGACGUGGAAUCUCUCAGUCAUCCGAGUAUUUAAUGCCUGGUUUCUGGCAGGCUACGGAAAUAAAAAUGUGAAGGUGUGCAUAAUAGAUUCUGGGGUUGAUAAGAAUCACAUAGACUUAAUGAAAAACGUUUAUAUCCCGGAAUACUCAGAACAAUACGAAAUGACGCAGGAUUUUUACGACUUUAUGGUGAAGAACCCAACAGAUUCUUCCGGACAUGGGACACAUGUCACAGGAAUUGUUGGUGGAUUAGCCAAUGACUUAGGCAUGGUUGGUGUAGCCCCUAAUGUUACUCUAAUUUCGUUACGCUUUAUCGAUGGAGUGAAAUAUGGAGGGAGUUUUCACGCCAUUAAAGCCAUUAACGUUUGCAUUUUAAAUAAAGCGCCUAUCAUCAAUGCCAGUUGGGGGUCUAGCAAGUACGACGCUAAUAUUUACCUUGCUGUGCAAAGGCUGAAAUAUACCUUUAAUGGGAAGGGCACCGUGCUGGUCACGGCCGCCGGCAACGAGAACAAGAACAACGACGAGCAUCCACUGUACCCCUCCAGUUUUAAGUUGCCCCACGUGUACAGCGUCGCCUCCAUCAGCAAGAACUUCGAAAUCUCUCCCUUCUCGAACUACGGAGUGAACAGCGUGCACAUCAUGGCGCCCGGCCACCACAUAUACUCCACCACGCCAAACAAUUCGUACAAAAUAAACACGGGCACCUCGAUGGCGGCCCCGCACGUGUGCGGAGUGAAUGCCUUAAUAUACUCCGUGUGUUACAACCAGGGGUUCAUCCCCCCAGCAGAAGAAGUGCUAGACAUACUGACGAGGACGUCCAUCAAAGUUAUCUCCCGAAGGAGAAGAACAAUCAAUGACAGUCUCGUCAAUGCAGAAGCAGCGGUGCUGACGACAUUGUUAGGAGGACUGUGGAUGCAGAUGGACUGCCAUUUUGUGAAAUUCAAUUUAGAAGGAGGGAAAGAAAAACACAUCCCUGUUGUAUUCUCAGCUUAUAAAAAAGGAAUAUACGAAACGGAUAUAGUUAUAGCAGUCAUUCCUACGGAGGAAAACUCCAAAGUCUAUGGUGAAAUUUUGAUACCUAUUCGAAUAGUGACUGAUCCGAAGGCGGAGAAUUUUAAGGAGUCCCCUCGAAAUGGGAAAAAAAUGAUAAUCGAUGAGAAUGAAGCAAGUCAUGAUGAAGUGCUCUCCUACAUUUGCGAAAAUGCUUUAUACAACUUGUACGAGAUGGAUAGCAACUUCCUUGUCAUGUCAUUAGUGCUCUUCUUUGUGGCCUUCAUUUUGAUAGUCGUCGGAACGAUUGUAUUUAUCAAGAGGAAGCGCCACAGCAAAUACUGCGACGAUGAAGACCAUGACCACAAUAUGAUGAGGAACAGCGUCUUCGAGCACCACCACAUUUUAAGCGGCAAUACAAACCACGCACUCAAAAUGGCCAAACGCUCGCAUGUAGAAAAAAUUAGAAACAGCGUCCGAUUCAGCGUUGUGAUGGGGACCCAAAACAACUGCGUGUUUAAGGAAAGGGCGCCCAAAAAGUUAGAUUUCGAGAAUUACGGCGAUUUGAUAAAAAAGCCCCUCCUCAAAUCUCCGCCCAAGAAAUUUGUCAAUCACAGGGCGGAGCAGAAUUGGGGGCACGAGGCAGAAAAGAAGGACCCCAGGGAUUGA